AUGGUCGUCGCUAUUUCCCGACAUGUAGGAGGCGUUACCCCAACCACUGUCCAAUUUCGUCAGUCUCCAGCGUCUUGUCUUAGAGAGCUACGGGCUUGUGAUGAGGCACGUAGGGAGGCAAUUGCCAGGAUGAAGCGUGGAGUCUAUGUGUUGGCCAUUUCAAUUAUCUUGUGCAUUGAGAUAGUGAUGAACAGUCAUGCUGAGCUCAAUCACGACAUCAUGGUGAAAAGAAGUACAUGGUGGACUAAACGAUCUCUGUUUGGAGACUCCCCUAUGAUUUACAAUCGCCAUACUGCUCCCAACCACAUCACUGAGGCACUAGAAUGCGUAAUUGGAGAAUGCACAGAACAAUAUUCUCUGUGUUCCUUUACUGCUACCAACUCCGAGGAGCUUGCACAUUGCUGUCUACGCUAUAAAUCCUGCUCCAGCAACUGUUUUUUACCAAGUGCGUUACCGCAAGGCAGAUUAUAUCACUUUUAAGACUACAGCGUCACAAUACAGCAUUUAGUUAUGGUAUUAUUGUUCAAAUCUUUUUAAUGUUGAACUUCAGCGUAAUUGUUCGUUGUGAGUCCAUGAUCAUCACUUUCAAGUCAAUUUUAGGGCUAUUUUGAGAAACAUUGCAUUAAUAUUAUGCGGAAAAUAUUGCAUUUUUUAAUAAUACUAGCUAAUCAUUUCAUUCCAGAGUAACAGAUUUGAACUCUUCAAUUAGGAAGUGGGCUUUUCUUUUAGUUGUAGCUAGUUGUAGAAGCCCUCGUCUUCAGUCACAUAUUACUGAUAUUUUUAUUAACAUGAUUUUAUGUGUUUCCUGUCAUUAGUUUAGCUUGGUCAAGUUAUAAGUAUGAUCAAAUUGUCUUUGGUUUUAUUAUUCAUUUCAUUUGCAUGAGAAAGAGAAGACUUGAUUAGUCGUAGCUACCUUCAGCAGACUAUAGUAAUUGUGCUGUGAUGCUAGUCAGAAAUAUGUUUAUGUUGAGAAUAUCUUAAUGGUAAUCAAUUUAUUACUAUCUUGCAGUGUUUUUAAUGGGUAAUUCUGUAUUGUAGCAU